AUGACGGAUGAUACAUCAAGCGAAAGUAUCUUCGAUCAAUUAAUGCACUCAGGGCUGGAAUGGGUUUCUGAACGCCUUACUAAAGCUUGUCCUCCCAAAAAGAAAAAGAGAUGUACAGAGCACAAGAAAGUUGAAGAAGAAAUCGAUAUUGGUCCACCUUGUACAGGACAACCAUACAUAUCUCCUAGUCAAAUUUGCCCUAAAAUGGUCUCCUGUUAUAUAAAAAUGCAGGAUCCUUAUGCUCCUUGCUGUUGUGAGACAAAACCACAACCACCUCCGUGUCCUCCUAAAUACCAUCGUCGACAACUACGUGAAUCAACCUGUGGCUGUGAUCUUUGUAAAAAAGAGGGCAUCAGAAGCAAGUGUUGCAGUUCAACCACAGCCUUUUAUGAUGCAACUAUUGAUCCAAAAUAUUUUAGAAGAGCAUAAAAUCUGAAAUUUUGUGGAAUCAACGUUAUCAUAACCACACAGAUGUGCGGUUAUUCGUGGAAGGUUAAAUUUAGGUGUUCUGUUAUCCUCUAGUGGGAAUACGCUAUACCAGUUAAGGAAUAAUCUUAUCGACGGAAAGGCUCAUUUUGAUAUCCAUAAUGCAUUCGUGUCAGUUGUGUGCAAGACACGCCCGUUUCAACCCGUUUAGAGCGCAGAAAAAAUUUGCUUUUCAGAGUAUUGUCAAUUCAUCAUUAAGGAAGUCGGAUUUUUUUAAAUAAUAUAAUAAUUGCUUUCGUAAAAAUCUCCAAUUAUGCAUUAUUACAAUGAACAAAAAUUUCCGAUCGAUGACGAUCAUACGGGAAGAGGGAUUAUGGUCAUUAUUUUCGGCUUUAUCAAUAUUGAUAGUUUUUUAGUUUCAUAAUGUGUAUCGAUAUCAGCAAUUGCAAUUAAAAAAUUUCGAGAGUGUAUAUCUUUUAAGAUUGAGUAAUUUGAGUUACUAAGCUUCUUAUCAUUGCGUGGAUUUAAGUGUAGUAGAGCGCAAGUCGAGUUUAUUUAUUGAUUACCGUAAUGAUAUGUCAUAUUGUGACAUAGAUAAACAUACUGAGUUUAAAAGUCAUGACUUUUUUUUUUAAUGCCAUAUGUUUUAUGAAGCAAUCGUAAGAAAGUAAGAAAGAACGAUUUUUCUUGAACUAAGUUUCAAUAUUAAUCGCUUUCCUGUCAAAUUACAGAAUGUAUAUUUGCAAAAACCAAGAAAGUGGUUAAA